AUGCGGAGCGAGAGGCAUCGAACGAGGCCCAGCUGCCCCAACGAGACCGUUUUGUCGUCCUCGCCUGGCGGGAUCCCGCGAGUGUUCGCCUCGAGAAGCUCCAGAAAAGCCUCCAAGAGUUUCAAGAAACCGAGGUCGCGACUGCCACAAAGCAGCGGGCAUUUGCAAAAGAAGCGUCCGAGAAGUUUGCCAAGAUGUACGAGAUUCUCGUCUCGACAGUCCACGGUGACUUCCAGAAUGCCAAAAAAGUCGAGUGGGGUGCUCUUUCCGGCAUCUUGGCUGUUUGGGAGGAUGUGCUCGGGGCCUUUACUCGGACGCUCCAUCGAUCUCUCGAAGACGUCGUCGUGCAAGUUUGCGCCGUGA